CGUACGCAAGUUUACACAGAUCUCCGGCCGCUGCGGCCGUGCCGCGGUAAAAUUAAUAACCUUGUGUUGUGAAUAUCGAUAUAAACUUGUGCCGUGCCUGUGAAUCUAUUUAGGAAUAAUCCCUUUAUUUAUUUAUAUUAUCGGGGACGCUUGCGCUGUCAACGAACCAGCCCGAUCUUCCAUCUUUGGCGGCGGAAGUGGCGGCGGAUGUCCCGGCAAUGGAUAACCCGUCAUAUUUUGCGCUUCCCAACGCCGAUGUUCUGAACAGCGCAGAAUCAAAUCAAACGACUGCGGAGCCAUGCUCUCGCUCGGCACCGGGCCGCGUUUGGGCAGAUGCCAGAUCUCUGGGCUCUCCGCGACGAAGGGAGCCAGAGAGCCCCCGAAGAAGGGAAUUCCGAGCACUAUUGCGUUCUUUGUCGGCCAAGGAGCCGGAGCAGGCCGAGGCAUUUCUGCGAGGGCAACCUAGACCGGGGGAUGUCGCGCCGGGCGACAUGAGGCACAGUUCCACAGCACCACGGAUAAAAAAAGGAAAAAUCAGCACAACCGUGGUUACACCUGAUGGCCCUCAGGAGCGUGAAGAGGUGUUUUACACAAUCCCGCUACAGGGCCGCAGAAGGCACUCCGUGGGGGGUUACUUAGCGGCGGGCGCGUCGGGCGCCGGAGAAGUUACCUCAGUACCUAGCGAUGUUCCUAAAAUGCCGCCGCCGCGGUUCGGACCAAAAGAAGAAGAAAUCAAACGUAGAAGACCCAAGAAUUUUCCCUUUAAAGAGAUGGAAGACAUCGCGAUCCUGUGGAGUUCGGGCUCGCCUGAGAGCGCCCUCUGGUCAGACUACCUCGUAGCAAGCUUUGACAAGAUCAUGUCACAGAGGGCCCGCCAUCACUACAGAGUGACGCCUAUAACUGUGGAGGAGCUAAUGGCCAGCGACUCCCAAGAGAAUAUAGAGAAGCUUUCCAAAUCUCAGCUUCAAAUAGUGAUCCUGUGUCCGAACCUCGCCACCAAGAUGUCGGACCUAAAGGUUGAGAGCAACAUGGAGGCGCUGUUCAAAGUCGACAAGGUGCUGGUAAUGCUGCUGGGCGUCGAAAAGAAUCAAGUUAUUGCGAACAACUGUGAAGACUACCCCACGAUAGACCAGUGGCAGAUGAUGUCGGUGCGCGAGAAGGACACGUCCUUCGUGGACACGUUCCUCACGGCCGCUGUGGGCAUCCUGCGCACCAAGGACUGCAAGGACACCGCCACCGACCGCACCAGCUUCUCUAUCGUGCCGAAGAAAGUCAAAAUUGGACAUAGUCGGGUCAUAGCACUACUCAACGAUCCAAUCAGAGAAGAGGACAGUAUCAAGAUAAUCGUGGACAAGAAAGGGGAAGCCAUCCACAUACCGACAUUUAAGAAGCGGAAUCCUUAUACGCUGCAAUUUGAUAUUCCAGAAUCGUGUCUGGAUGUAUCUAUGCUGGUAUGGGUUAGAGUCAGCAAAAACGGCCAGCCGUUGGGAAGGAGGCAAAUCAAAUGCGAAAGUCGACUUAGGGAGUUGGACCAGCUAUUGAGGGCUUCGGAUCACCCUUUGGAAUUUAUGUGCCAGACCUUAGGUUUCAAAACAACGAGUAAAGAUCAACUCGACAGUUGGAUGCUCAGCGCAUUCCAGAAGAACAUUCCUCCACACUUCAACUUGCUAGUUUCUAAUGAGCAGUUUAAUCCAAAAGCUGAUGUAUCAAGCGGCGAAGAAUACCCCACCCUACUGCACUGGGCGGCAUGCUUUGGGCUGGAGCGGCUGUGCUGGCAGCUGCUGGAGUGCCCGGGCGGCGGCGCGGCCGUGGCGCUGCGCAACGUGCGUCAGCGCACGCCCGCCGACCUGGCGCGCGACCACCACCACACUAGGCUCGCCGACGUGCUGGCUGACCAUAUGAAAAUAAACGAAUUCUCCAAUAUGUACUACUAUCUGAAAAAUAUGACUGAAAGCGACAAAGACGAAGACCAAAAGGAAAUCAAACAGGAUGAAGAGUUACGAAUUGUAGAAACGUGCGACACUGUCGACUCCCCCACGAGCCCCGAAGCGAAAGCUGUGGAAGAGCCGGCCACCGACCCCUUCAGCGAGGCAUGCACUCAAACCCUGGAGGACAAUUUAGACAAACUUAACGAAAGCAAAAAGAAACGACCCGUCCUGAAAAUACCAAAGAUGAAAGAGCAACUUUACCAAAACGACAUUCCUUUCCACGAUGACACCGCCGGCAGGAUCCAGCAGGCGAUAGAGCACGACUACCUCGUUCAACCGUCUAACAUCAAAGUGGAGAGCCCUAAAUUCAGACCUAACAACUUGUAUGCCAACAGCUCCCGGCUCAUGCCUCAGCAGUCCGACGUUUUUCUUUACUCACCCACCGAAGAAUCCAAAAACUUUAAUAUAGAAACUCCCACCAGUGACAUAAGCCAAAUAAACUUGAAUGCCAAAGAUAGGUGUAGCGCUAAAUCAGGAAAAGAAAUGUUCCCGUUAAAUGGACAAGACGAGUUAGCGGAAAUUAUAAACGAUUUCAAGAACAAUGUAUUCUCUAUUUCUGAAGUCGAAAAACUGGUUAUGGAAUGGAAGAACCGGAAUGAGACGCAGCAAUCCUUAAAAGAGAAACAGGAGCAGCUCAACAAAAUGCGUGAGGAGUACGACAAGAUUCAACAAAGAAUUAAGGACAAUUUGAAAAGGCCAACCCCGUUCGAGAGGGUAAAGAAAAUUUUCUCCAAAGGCAAAAAACAUCACGACCAAAAUGGAUCCGUUGAAAAAAGGAAAGGAAAUACGCGCCCCAACAGCAGCUUAAGCGACAGUUCAUCAUCAUCUGGGCGCCUGAGCACCGUGAGCGGAGGUAGUGUGGCGGAGACCAACAGUGUUCAUUCAGAACAUGACGAUAAGGCGAGAUCUAUUAUUUCGGCCAGUACUCUUACGAUGCACUCGGGGAACGAGCACGACAGCCGCCUCGACGACUACCUGAUCCCGCCGCCGCCGCGCCCGCUCAACGGCUGCCCGCAGUUCACCACCUUCGGCCACCCUAAACACGAUCAGAACAGAGGCCACAUGGCAACAAUAGUAGAGCGCGAAACCUCAGCAUCCCGGGAGCGCCUGGAAUGCGACUCAGAAACCAGCAGCACGCACCUCCGCAUGUCCUUCUCGCGAGACCGCCCCGCCCCUACCGGCCGCUGUGACGACCGCGACGGCGCGCACAUGUACAUGAACAUAUCCGCGACGCACACGUAGUAUGGCGGAUGACACGAGGCUGUGGUGUAGUUCACAAUUUGGAGGGUACCCCGCCCCAUAGCCGCCCAAAACAGAUCAACCCAUUGAAUCAAUUUUGGCCCUAACACGUAACACGCGAUGCUGCGCGGGUACGCGGAUUACUUUGUACCAACUGACGCUCCGCUUUAGGAAUACCAAAUUGUUUUUUAUAGUUUCCAUAGCACCUCAUGAAGGCGUUCUGUACAGCAAGAUGGUUGACUCACACGUCCACCUUGUAAAGACGAUUAAGCUCUCAUACAAUCGUUUUUGGUCGCCGUUACGUAACGCGUCGAAACCGUUAUUUUUUUUAAACUAACUACUAAAUAUACAUAUUGCAUGAUCAAAAAUAUUUUCCUAGCUCAUAUAAAUAAGCUAUUGUGGUUACAUUCCAAGUGUUUCGACAGCCAACCAGAAUGCAUAUUUUGUUUGCCUUCUAAAAUAAGUGUAGAUACAGUUGAAAUGCAUUACAAUCAGAACGCCUAGACUUCAUAAUUAUGAUCGCAUCUACAUUAAACUCAAAAGGAAUACAGUUGGGGCGCCUACAUUAUUCGAUAUCUAAUGACUUGCCUAUUUUGUGUCAAUCGAGUAGAAAAUAUAAGUUUUCUAAAUUUUAGGAACAAAUCAAAUUAUUUAAAAAUAAUUUGAUUUGUGUUUUUUUAAGUAGUCACACUACUAUAUAUAAAUUAUAAACUGUAAUAAAUGUCACUUUUUCUUUAUUAUAUGACAUCUAUUACAGUUUAUAAAUAUAAGUUUUGUUAGAGUAUGUAUGUUUGACUCCCAGCCACUCUAAGAUCACGUAGAAAGGUACUUGUACUGUAAAAACUACAGACUCGAAUGAGAAUUAACUGUUUCUGAACCAAUGUGCUCUAAUAAAUAGACUGUUCACUUUGUUGUUGUUGGGGAAAUAUGACACUUUCAACGAAUUUUGAAGACUGAAAAGUUAACGUUAUUUUAUGUAAAUAUUGUGUAAAUAAAAUAUACCUACCGUUUGGAUUAGAUUUAUAGUUUUCUAUUUAUUAUCUAAAGUAAUGCAUUCGUGUUUAAUAUUAUUAUAUGUAGUACAAAAUAUAUUCUUUAGUUUAAAGUUCGUACAACAUUCGUACAAAUUACAUAUGCAGCAUCAAUAGAAUUAAGAAUUACGACGGAUAGUGACAAUAUUCUCGUAAAACAUGUUCUUUCUAUACCAACCAUAAUCUAUUGUUGCUACAAAUGCUUAGCAAAUGGGAAUCUCAAUAAAAACGAAGGUUUUUUAUACGUAAUUUUGUAUUAAUGUGACCCAAAUCGCAUUUAUUUUUACUUAUAUAAUCUUUGAAAUAUAAAAUGAAAAUAAGAUAAA